AGUGUUGUGGGUGCCACCGUAAAGCGAGGAGGGCCAAGGCGCUCUCGGGAGCGAGUGAUCAUUUAUUUGCCAGACGUUGUAAUGGUUGAUUUACAAGAGCUCACGUGAAAACCAACACUAUUCUAGCCAUCAUGUUUACAUAUGUUUUUAGGGAAUAGAAGAACUGCUAUUUGUUAUUUAUUUCAUCAUGAAGUGUUUAAAAGAAAUCUGGAACAGAACUGUGAUUCCUGAAUUUCCAAAGGAAGGAGUUGCAUAGCAAAAUCAAUACAUUCAAUACCGACCAAAUCCGCACACUCUACUCCAUUUCGCUAAAUCCAAAUUGUGGGGAAAAUGACGCUGACAAAGUAAGAACCCAUAAAGCAAUCCACUCAGGAAAACAUGCAACUAAAAUGUGAACAAAGAAAAGCAACUCGCAAAGAUAACAGCCUGGUUUGAAAGAGGAAAAAUCUGACUCGACAAAAAACAGGAAAGUGAUCAUUACGUCAAGGCAUAAUAACAGUGGCAUGUUUCUGGAAAUUAGAAACGAUAUUAAGACACUUUCCCUGUUUGGUUUCUAUUGAAAGAAAAUAGAUUUCAUUCCCGACUUAGACGAGGUAAAAGCCAUGGAAAUCCAGCCUUGCGUUGUCACUUUUCUCCUCAUCUUGAUCGUCGAGAUACCACAGCGAUGCGAAGCCGACAGCGGUGUUCCGCUACAGUACCACGAGAGCCUCCACUCCACGAUAUCUUACGAAGACGCGAUUGACGAAGAAGAAUCGAAACGGCACCACCUUGGCCAUCACACAAGGCACGAAAAGGGCGUUCUACGCAGAGGGCCCUCCUUCCCUCCAGAGAAACAGAGACAGUACUUUCCCCAAGGUGUACCGAAGGGAAGACUCAGCAUCUACCAGUCGAGAGAGACGUUUCCAACACCCGUCACUCUGAAGAGAGAGUCGAGGCCGCAUUCCCACGACCUCUCCCGGAAGAGCAGGGAGGAGAGGGACGGGGAAUCUAGGGCAGCAGGGGGCGUAACAUCAGAGAGCUCCGUUUUGGAAGAGAACUCGAUUCAUCAAGUUGUCGGCGAUGAUGGCCAUCCGGACGAACGAGAAAGGGGAGGCCAGCCGCCUCCCACCGAAGGUCGGGGCAUCGAGGAAGCUGAUGCUGACAUCGGGACGAAAAAUGAGAAUAACAGGAUAUCGUCGAUUUCCGUCGUCAGCAUCGAAAGCGCUGGCGACCUUAAAGCCAUCGGUCAUCCAUUCUGCAGGUCAAAGGAGAAGUUCUUACCACCCGAGCUGUACGCACUGGACUCCUGCACUCUUUGCUAUUCUUACAUCCUGAACAGAGACUUAUUUAGGAAUCGAUGGAACAUAUCCGAAGAGAGAAAUCGCAUUUAUGUCUACGGAAAUCAGACCUUCUACUAUAAUAUAUUUGUCUUGAAAUCACAAAAUGACGGCAACUCCACUACGCUCGAUGCCGAGACCACCUCCGAAACUCUGUUGGAGAGUUUCGCGGGCGAGGAGGGACGCCAGAAGUGGAUCAACUGCUGUAAUGCAGCAGUGGAUUGCUGUUCGGAGAUGCUGACUCAGACGUGGCCUGAUGGUUAUUGUCCGCCAACGUGGGAUGGCUGGCAGUGUUGGCCAUCAUCUCUGCCAUCAACCGUAGUACAAAGAGCCUGUCCCUCUUACAGCUAUUUUGGGAAACCAGCCUCUUGCUCUAAAAUGGCCACAAAGAAGUGUGAGGCCGACGGACGGUGGUACCGUCGGGGAGUAUAUGAAUGGAGCAACUACUCGUCCUGCAGCGUAGCUCAGAAUAUCAUCCGUCGACUCUACGUUCAUACGGCUGCUUACAGCAUCUCCGUAGCGGCUCUCCUGCCAGCCCUCUGCAUCUUCUUUGCCUACAAGCAACUUCGAGUUCAUCGAAUCACUCUGCACAAACACCUGUUCAUCAGCCUCCUGAUUGAAGCCAUCGGAAAUAUCAGUUUAAAGUUGAUUCAGCUCCAUGUAAAUGACCUCAUUCAAGAGAAUCCUUCAUGGUGUAUUGCCCUUAACUUAUUGAGGAGGUACGCCAACCUGACUAAUUACAUGUGGUAUUUUUGUGAAGGGUAUUAUCUCCAUAAGCUCCUUGCAAGUGCCUUCGCGGAACAGAACAACCUCAUUACCUUCUAUCUCAUCGGCUGGGUGCUUCCCCUGAUCCCGCUCUCCAUCUACGCCAUAAUCCGAGCAAUAGGCGCUCAUAACUCCCACUGCUGGCUCGUCCCGCUCGAACUGGACUGGAUCAUCAACUUCCCUCCCCUUCUGGCUCUUGUAGUAAACGUCGUUUUCCUCGUCAAUAUUAUACGCAUUUUGGUGAACAAAGUCCGGGCGUCUAACAGCAAUGAACCGAGUCAAUACAGGAAAGCCGUUCGAGCAACUAUGAUGGUCAUUCCUCUGUUUGGUCUCCAGUACAUAGUGACCAUUUAUCGUCCUCACGGUGUGGGUUGCGACUGGUACGACUUUUAUCAGACGUCCAACAGCAUCAUUGAAGGAAGCACGGGAGCUGUUGUGGCGAUCAUAUUCUGCUACACGAAUGGCGAGGUGAAAACUCUACUGCGGAGGUCGUGGGUGAGACUCCAGGAGCGCCGUGCCCCGAGGGACAGCUACCGCGGAUCGCUAGCUGUGCGAAGCCGCAGCUGCUCCACCGUCCAGACGACGCUCCUGGACCCGAGCCCAGCCCGGCGGAACUCGUCCAUUGUGUCUAUAUGUGCUAACUCCCAAAUUGUCCGAAGAAGUAACAGCGGUGCUAAUUCUCAGACGCUCACUCUGAGGGGUUCCAGAACCAGUAUUUCUCAGCUGCCCCAUCCAAACUCCAACGCCGAUAGCGGAGUGAUGGCCCUCGCUUCUGCUCGCAGGUCGCCAAAGGUUACCGGCGAGAGGAUGAAUGCUGCAGGAAGUGAGAGAGCUUUAUCCAGCAGGAAUUCGACACUCAAUCUGGAUUCUAACUCUGUGUCACGAUCUCCCAGUCUUCUGGAGGAAAUAGAAGACGAUUUCCCCAACUGCAGAAUUGAGGCGGCGAGAGAAAAAGGGGAAUCCCAGCUAGCGGUAGUGUUUCGAAAGGACGAUAACGGAUCUUCUGUUAGCAUAAACGUAACGGGGCAAACCAACAGUGACCGAAUUAGUCAAGAAUAAAAUCUCGAUUAAAAUAAUUUUGUGAUACGUGUUUUCAGAAACAUUCAGUGGAGGGAAAUACUGCGUGGAAAAGUUUUUCUCAUAUCAAUAUCACUCGUGUUCCUACUACACCGCUUUGAGUUUUAAAAUACUGGAUAUUUUAUUUCAAAAAUAGCAGGAACACAAACAAGAUGAAAACAAUAACACCGUGUGCACUUCUAAGAAAUUCUCAGUUUUCAUCACAGUGAAAGCUAUAUUUCUUCCGUGCGCUCACAGGGGCUGACCGCUUCUUCUUUCUGUCGUUUUCUUCGGAAUUUUUGUCCUAUUUUACCAUUUUUCUCUCUACAAAUACUGUUCUCUCUAGUAAAUAUCUAAUUUCAGGCCAAUUUUCAGUACAGAAAGGACGUCAAACUUAAAUAUUCCCAUUAUUUAUUUAGCCAUUGAAUAACUUCAUUGCUAUGCUAAUCUUAUUCUUGUUUAUGUAACAUGGUCUGCACAAAGUUAGCGCCAAAACGAUCUCAAACAUAUUAAGUACACGAGGGUUAGCAUAUCCGCAUAUCUCUCUAUAAACACGACACGCACGAGAGUAAGGGAAAUGAGUUUGCAAUAUUCAAACCAUCAGAUCUCACACCUAAAAUAGUAAUGUUCCGAAUCAAGUCUAAUGAGGUUCAGAAGGAUUUACGGAUAAAAUGGCAAUAAUGAUUUAAUAAUUACACAAAAUUAUUCAUAAAGGAUAUGACUAAUGGUACAUCACCGGUUACACUCAUUCAUUCAGUACCACAGCGCCACUUUCCCAUUGGCCCCAAAAAUGAUAAUUUUAAACCUAAAAUCAUUCAUUUUUCAUGUGUACAUUUUCAUCUUAAUGACACAAAGCGAGAGACAGAAGGAAGGAAAGUAAUCUUACCUCCUGCAUCUCCAAUAUAAAACAUGUCAGCUGGAUCACUACGAAUAGCCAAUGAAAAUAUAUUUUAGUUUUCUGUUAAAUAUACAUACAUACA